UUGGAUCGCCAUUAAAUGCCGGGAAUUUUGGAAAAUGGCAAGUCUGCGUGUAAGGAGAAAAAAAUUACUCCGAAUAAAAAUGUUUUGUCAUGUGUUUCCACCCGUCAAAAGAAUCUAUUUGAACGCCUGUAUGUUUGCUUGGUGAUAGUCACUUCAGCAGAAUGUCGGUCCCUGCUGUGUACACUUCCGUUCAUGGUAAACUUGUCAAAAUUUCAUCGUUUCCGGGUUCGCAAAUGCAAAUCGAUACUCCUCUGCUUCAAAAUGGCACAAGCGACGCGAUGGCAAUGGAAACAAUGGACAGUGAGGCAACGCUAUUGGCGGAAAGUUUUCAGUUCUCUCCGCGGAGCGGUAAAUUUGAACCACGCGGUGACAGAGUGACGCAUACACUCGGCAAUGGCACCGACAUAAGACUCCUUGCUUUGGCCAAAGUUACUGACAGUCGGACUGGCUUGAAAAUUCCAUGCCUUGUUGUUGAACAACGAGUUUGGGAAAAAUACAACGUGCCUGUUUCUGCUGCUGGGGAUGGGGCUGGGAUUUCUAAGAUAUCUAAGUAUCGCUCGCGCGUAUCAGUCGUGUUCUUAUUGUUGAGAAAGAAGACAUUUUUGCUGCGUGGGUUUUUCACAUUGGGAUACUCGCUGAAGUCAACGAAAUUGUUUCUUGGAAACGGACCAACACUUUGUUGGGAACAUCAAAGGAGUGUUUACUUCACACGAGCUUUUGGAUCAUCAAACCAAACCAAAGUCAGUGUUGAUGAUGUGAAGUUGGAUGAAGAUUUAUCUAAACCCUCAAAAUCGUUGAAGUGGUUCGGUGUGGUAAGUGGUGAUGCGGUUGCCAUGGGAACGGAGCAGUCCUCCAAUCACGAACAUUCAGCUGGGAAGAUGCUUCUCAACCUUGGCCACAGAUGGACAGUGGUUAAGCUGCCUGUGCAUAAAACUGAAGAACGUAAUGUACCAAUAGCAGAGGAGAUUGCGCCAAUGCCUCAUGAAUAUUCAAACAUUGUCAACUGUCUCCAUUUUUGCCAAGGUAGUGUAAGCCAAUUAGGAAGCAGCUUCUUCAGAAAUAGUGACCGCAGCGUAGAUAAGGGAAGUUCAUUGGUUCUUGCUGCUACAAACCAGUCCCAAUUGGUUGAAGCUUGUGGAGGGAUGGUCAGACGAGUUUGUUCCAUCACAUUUAAUGAUGCCUGCAAGAUUGCCAUUGCCACGGUGACGGGAGGAGAGGAGUUGAUUUUGGUGCAGUCCGCUGGCGGUAGGGUCUGUGCUGUGUGGAGGAAGACGUUUGAGGUGGCCAGAGAAUGGACAGGCUUCUACACAGUUCUCGUGGAUGAUUUUCUCUUCUCUGGAUCAGAGCAGCUUCUUCUUCUUGGAGAUGGUGCAGACGCCCCUCAAAAGCGUUUCCACCUCACCGACCUUGGAAUGUGCAACUGGUCUUCCGAGGAAAAUGGAAACACCAUUACAGACGGACCACCAGUUUGUGCAGGCAAUCUGCAGUCGGCGGUGCAAGCACUGGAAUCACAAGUACAGACCGGCAUGGCAGCUCUCAGGUCAUUAGAAUCACAGUGCGCUCUGAAGGCACAGCUCAUCAAGCAAUCCCAGGAUGCAUUGUUCAAGAUGGCUGAACGGACGCCGCCAUUACCAUCACAUGAUACUUCACUGACGUGCUUGUGUGACCUCUCUGGGGAAGACAAUACAGACGUAGUCGGGGAAGAAACUCCUAGCACCGACGAGGACACAACACUGGAAUGUUUGAGUACUUGGCAGCGUGUUGCUGACGAUCGCUGGAUCAUUGGCGCAGAGGUAGCCAACACAACUGACAGGGCUAUUUCUGAUGUAUGCAUAUCACUGAUCCCUGCAAGCACUCCUCAAACUAGUCUCCAUUCAAGCACAUCCACCUGCAACUUCAAAUCAGUAGUCUCCUCCGCAGUUGCAUCAGACCACGGAGAGCCAAUGGCAAAGAGAAUCAAGCUGGACCAAGAUUCGAGAACAGCUGUUUUGGAGUCUAGAGCCAAGACCACAGUAGUUGGUGUAACAGGGGUUCCAGAGUUUGUCUCUGAACCUGUUGUUACGUGCACUGUGGUGCUGAACUGGAGAGAACCAUUCGUCAGAAACCACAAUGAUGUUGUGACGGCUGAAGAAAACAAGGCCAGGCCAGGAGUUGACAAAGACGGCUUCGUUGAUAGACGGCGUGCCUGUGGCACUGCCUCCUUGCAAGCUUGUGACGUGGCCAGUGGAAAACUACUGAUAAAUCCAUUGGAUCGCAAAAAAUCAGACUCUGAGCGUCGGCAUGAUAUACAAGCUCUCGACGCCCUCCAGCUAGCCACGCCCCUGCUACUUACCUCCAAUCACAGCAACCUGCAGUGUGUGAAAUGCACCCUGAAAGGCCCCAUGGGGUUCCAGGAUGUUACAAUGCAUGAUGGGAUGAUAAGUGCCGCUGGAGCUCUUGGCACGACGAGGGUCAAGAUUGUGUCUCGGGAUGGGCCGAACAAGAUGGCAAUAAAUGUGUGGAGUCGGAAUCAGUCAGACCUUCUCCUUUUCUGCCAGCACCUGUACCAGCAGCUGCCCGAUGAUGUCAUCAUCAAGCCCCUCCCACCAGCCAAUCAAAUCUGGUCUGCCAUGGGAACCACCAUGGCAACCAUUGACAAGGAACUGAAGCACACUUCCUCAAAAAUGCAGCAGCUGUUAGCCACCAGCUCCUUAUCCAUAGUGCAGGGCCAUGAUGCAAAAGCCACUACCAGCAAUGGCGCCAAUGCAGGGCCUUCCGGCGAGGAUAAAUUGAAACAGGUCAGAGGGGAUUUUGAGGGUGAAAGAAGAAAAUGGUGUAAUUCUGACGCACGUCUUGAAGUCUGUGCUUCUGACAAGGCACACGUCUUGAGACAAGAGUUGUUGGAUUUACGGAUAAACACUGACACAGAUGCCAGCAAUCUUGCUAGUGUAUUCUCCGUUGCAAAAUAAGUCUUGUCCGUUUGAAUGCCAGCUGUACUGAUGUAUAAUACUGAAAUAGGAACAAAUUUUGUUUUAAGUUCGAAAACAACAUUGUACAAUCCCCAUGCUCAUGGUUCGUGGAAUCUCACUUCUUUGUGUUUCAAAUAGCAAGGUAAAGGGUUAUUGUUUUUCGAUCUCUCAAAUGAACCAUUCAUGAAAUUUAUCAGAUCAGUCCUCAUAAUUGUUUUGUGUGUAUUCUUUUUAAUAUCA